GUCACUAGGGUAACGUCAGUUGUUACACAAAACGUCUCCGUCCGGGAAACGGCGGAGUUUUGGCAGGAGUUCCGCUGCAUCACUUGGCGACCGUGUACGCCAGAGCUUAAACAACGGACUCGGGCAGGAGGCGAUGGCAGGUCUGUUUCGAUGGCAAUGAGAGGUUUCAGAGUCGGAUAAGUUGUGACAGACUGAAAGAUAUUGAGGAUGACACAAAGUGACAGCGUGCCUUGUGAUGCAGUGGGUAGAAGAAUCGCCUGCCGGGAUGAAUACGGUACUGUUCGCUUCGUGGGAAAAGUGGCAUCAACAUCAGGAAUUUGGCUCGGUGUGGAAUGGGACAAUCCUGAACGUGGAAAGCACAAUGGGACUCAUGAAGGAGUGCAGUAUUUCCAGUGCAGUCACCCCACAGGCGGCUCGUUCAUUCGUCCUCAAAAGGCAAACUUCGGAGUUGAUUUCCUCUCAGCUGUGAAGGACCGCUAUGGGCCAGAGGGCAACCAGGGAAUACAGGACUGCCAGGGAAAUCCUGUCCACUGGUGCAAGAAACCCAUUGAACUGCUGGGAAACCCAGGUGCAGAAAUUAAACAAAGGUGGUUCGAAACAUCGUUGAUUGUUUCAGUCGUAGACUGUAAAGUCAGCCAAGUCGUUGAUGAAGACGAAAUCUCCAGCAUCUGUCCCAAUGUGAUAGAGCUGAAUUUGGCCAAGAACCUGUUUGUGUCCUGGGAUCAAGUAGCACAAAUUACUCGGCACUUAAGAAAACUGGAACAUCUAGACCUCAGUCAAAACAAGUUGAUGCUCAUUUCUAAUCCAGUCUCACUCUCUGAUGCCUUUGCCAACCUGAAGAGCUUAGCCAUCCAGUACAACGGACUGACAUGGGCCCAGGUUCUAGAAUGUGCCCCAAUGUGGCCAGUGCUUGAAAGAGCCCAUUUGUCAUCUAACACCAUCUCUGUAUUGGAAAGGCCAGUUGGAGUUCUGCAGAACCUGACGUUACUGGACCUCAGCUCCAAUCCACUGGCUGGUGCGGAUCAGAAUCCACUGGCUGGUGCGGAUCAGCUGGUGCACAUUGCAUACUUGCCAAGAUUGGAGCAGCUCAUAUUGUCAAAUACUGGGUUAACCUCAUUGUAUUUUGAUGAUGUUCAACCAGAUGGUAAAACAGCAAUGUUUCCCAAAUUGAAAUCUCUGGCUAUCGACAAGAAUCGAAUAGCAGAGUUUUCAACGGUGAAUGAGUUGAACAAGUUACAGAGCUUGGAACAACUGAAAUUCAGUGACUACGCAAUGGUGGAACUUGAAAAGAACUCAAAAACAGUGCGGCAGCUUAUCAUCGCAAAGUUAGAAGGCCUGAAAGUGUUAAAUAGAACAGAAAUUUCAGCUGAUGAGAGGAAGGGAGCAGAACUAGACUAUCGCAAGAAGUAUGGGAUGGACUGGCUAAAAGCUGGAGGGAACCAGAAUCCAGAAAAAAACAGGCCUAAUAAGGAAUUCUGUGCCGAACAUCCUAGAUAUCAAGUGCUCAUAGAGAAGUAUGGACCUCCAGAGAACGAGGAGAUGGAGCAACAGAAGUUGUUUGCCCUGAAGGAUCAGCUGUUAGCUUUGACUAUCAGAUGUCCAGAUAAACCAGAUCAGAAGUUAUUAGAGAAGAAACUACCAGAUUCCAUGACCAUUCAGAAAGUAAAGGGGCUGCUUCAUCGAUUGUUCAAAGUUCCAAGUGCUGAAAUAAAAUUAACGUACAUCACUUCAAAGAUGGAUAUGGAGAUCGAUAUAAAUAAUGAUCUGCAGCCCCUUUCCUAUUAUUCAAUCGAGAGUGGAGACUGUAUAUUAGUUCGGUGGUAGGUGUGUAUAUUUCAGGAAAAGGAAGGCCAUUCAGCAUUCAAGGGAAGACGUUUCUCAGAAGAAGCCCAGUUCUCUGUUGCAGAUGCACAUGUUCUCAUAUUCACACACACACACACACACACACGGAGCUUUGGGAGUGGUUCCUGUUACUUACUGGCAAACAGCCCUUUGUGAGCUCACUCUGCACCUGCAGACCAUGGUGCAGCUACUAGAGUUCAAAAUAUAACUUGCAUCCACAACAUUAAUCUCAGCUUUUUAUUUAAUUGUCUUUUGGUUAAAAAUAAGUUCACAAUGAACAGAACUGAAGGUGCAGUUGGUAGCAACUUUAAAAUAAUGUUGUCUGUUUAACCAUGGGGACACCUAAUGCCUCCAGUAUCCUAAUGUUGACUUCAGGUGAUUGAUAUUUGAUGUUUGCAUCCUGUGGUUCUGAACCUAGAAUAAUUUGAUCAGAGUUGAAAGGUUUAUUGUUAAGUGGUUGGGUGUUGGGCCUUAGUUUUACUGCAUUGGACUGAAUUCAUUUGUGUAACAAAUGUUUUAACUUCUGACGAUGAGGGAGUUUGUAUGAUUUUUGUCUGUUAUCCUCUUUUGUCCUUCACAACAUGAAGGGUAAACAUGACAGAUCUGCGUCAUUGCUGACUGCCCAGCAGAUUUACGCUGGAAGUGGCCUUUCUCCUUCCCUACUGCCCCUUUCAUGGUCUGUGACGGAGACAGGGAGUUGGUGGUCUAAAAUGCACUGGCGCUUUUAAAGACAUUCCUGGGGAGACGCAUUCUAAUUCCUAUGUAAACUGUUAAAAAGUUUUAGUUAGGAAGCACUUGCUGACACAGCACUGUGAGUUGAAGACUUUUUUUCAGUGUAGAACAGGCCGUUGAGCCCAUGAUGUUGUGCCAAUGGAUUAACCUACUCCAAGGUCAAUCUAACCCUUCCCUCCCCAUAGCCCUCCUUUUUCUAUUGUCCAUGUGCCUAUCUAAGAGUCUCUUAAAUUUCCUUAAUGUACCUGCCUCUACCAUAACUCCAGGCAAUGUGUUCCACACACCUAUCACUCUGUGUUUAAAAGAAAGCCUAUUUUUGACAACUCCCAACAACUUAAAGUUAUGCCCCUUGCAUUAGCCAUUUGCAAUGCACCUUUCUUACCCUUAUGAAUUAUAGUAAGUCAUGUUUAAUUCUUUUAUCUUUUCCUUCCAAUUCAUGAAAUGGGCUCAUGACACUUUCUCUUUACUUCCUACGUACUUGCUAACAUCUCCAUACUAUCCAGUUUUACCCUUUGAGUGAUUACAAUUAGGUAACUACUGAAGUGAAACUGCAACUGAAGACCACAAUUCAUAGGACCAGAAUUAGACCAUUUGGCCCAUCGAAUCUGCUCUGCCAUUCUGUCAUUCAUCGCUGAUUUACACCUCUGUCCCUAGAAUAUCUCAGCCACAUUAAGUUCAUCAUGGAAGGCUGACCUGCCCAUCUCACACUCUCCACAUGCUGGUAGAUGGUGUCACAGACAGACAUUUCAAUAGUGAUAAAUGAAACAUCAAACCUCAGGCCCUCGCUUCAGUGUCAUCUGCACUGUGAGUAACAGUACCUUUGUCCUGUUAUCAUUUACUCUCAGCCCAGAUUUCUUUUGUGUUCAGGUUUUGCAAGUGUGAUUGGAUCGAAAGCAGAGUAGUGACAAAGUGGUAGAAUAGAAACAUUUUCUGUUUCUCCUCUCUCCACAGGUGCUGUCUUUUCUCUUUUAUUGUUCUCCAGGGCUUAUCCCAAAUUGUGUAGAAUUAUUUUCUUCUGGUAAGGUUUUCUCAGCAGACUUCCCAAAGAGUCUCACACAUCUUUAGAGUGUUGUAGUUUCUAAGAGUUCUGAUUAUGUUUGACAUUGAUAAGUAGUUGUAUGAGAAACUAAUGCAAAACCCAUUCCUCUUUGCUCAAAAUAAAAAAAUUUUGCUGCAAUCAAA